UCUUGAAUCUUGAUUAAUAAUUUCUUUCUUAAUUUAGAAUCUUAACCCUUCAUCAACACUUUUUUUGUCCAUACUCGCAAUUAUAUAUAAUAUCUUACGUAUGUACCCAUUGGGGAUCUCCAUUGGCUUUAUUAUCAACUUUCAAAAUGUCAACGUUACUUUACUAUAUAUACCUAAAUAAGUUAGUGACUUGUAUCCAACAACCUAUUAGAAAUCACUUAUUCAACACUCUACAACACUUCAAACCCUAAGGAAAAAAACACACAUACACAAAAAAAAAAUCAUCAUCCAUGGCUGGUGAACCGGGAAGCUCCAUGCAUGGAGUCACCGGAAGGGAACAAACGUUCGCCUUCUCGGUGUCACCCUCCACGGUGCCUGUAGACCCCACGGCCAAGUUCGCUCUGCCAGUAGAUGCAGAGCACAAGGCCACGAGGCUUAAGAUUUUCUCCCUGGCAAAACCCCACAUGACUACAUUUCAUCUUAGUUGGAUAUCCUUUUGUACAUGUUAUAUUUCCACGUUCGCAGCAGCGCCUCUUGUCCCUAUUAUUAGGGACAAUCUUGACCUAACAAGAAGGGAUAUAGGUAAUGCUUCGGUUGCUUCUGUCUCCGGAAGUGUUUUUUCUAGAUUGAUCAUGGGAACCCUUUGUGACCUAAUGGGACCUCGGUACGCUUGUGCGUUCCUAGUCAUGUUAACUGCCCCGACAGUGUUUUGCAUGUCGUUGAUAGAGGAUGCGUCAGGGUACGUAGCCGUGAGGUUUAUGAUAGGGUUUUGUCUCGCAACAUUUGUGUCGUGCCAAUAUUGGAUGAGUACCAUGUUUAAUGGCCGGAUUAUUGGCCUCGUCAAUGGGACAGCUGCUGGAUGGGGGAAUGUAGGUGGUGGUGCUACACAACUUCUUAUGCCUUUGAUUUAUGAGGUCAUCCGUCGUACAGGAUCUUCCCCCUUUACAGCAUGGAGGAUUUCAUUUUUUAUUCCUGGAAUUCUUCAUAUUAUUAUGGGCAUUUUGGUGCUUACUCUUGGUCAAGAUUUGCCUGAUGGUAACCUUGGUGCCUUACAAAAGAAGGGUGAGGUUUCUAAAGACAAGUUCACCAAGGUGCUAUGGUAUGCUAUCUCCAACUACCGGACAUGGGUCUUUGUGCUUCUCUAUGGCUACUCUUUGGGUGUGGAGUUGACAACCGAUAACGUCAUUGCAGAAUACUUCUUUGACAGAUUCAACCUCAAGUUACACACUGCCGGAAUCAUUGCAGCAAGUUUUGGGAUGGCUAAUUUAUUCUCUCGACCAUUGGGAGGGUUAGCCUCAGACUGGAGCGCUCGAUACUUUGGCAUGAGAGGCCGCCUUUGGACCCUCUGGAUCUUCCAGACGGCGGGCGGCCUCUUUUGUGUUUGGCUAGGGUUAGCCAAAACCCUACCAACAGCUGUUGUAGCUCUAAUCCUAUUCUCCUUAGGGGCUCAAGCCGCGUGUGGAGCCACCUUUGGAAUCGUUCCUUUUAUCUCUCGACGAUCCCUAGGGAUCAUCUCCGGCCUCACUGGUGCAGGAGGCAACAUUGGAUCCGGAUUGACUCAAUUUAUAUUUUUCACAACAGAUACUUUUAGCACCCAUGAAGGUCUAACCUACAUGGGAAUAAUGACAAUUGCAUGCACCUUACCAGUUGCUUUGGUACACUUCCCACAAUGGGGUAGUAUGUUUUUACCACCUUCUAAAAGUGCUAAUGAAGAGGCUUACUAUGUCUCUGAGUACAAUGAUGACGAGAAAAGGAAGGGAAUGCAUGAAGGGAGUGUAAAAUUUGCAGAAAGUUCUCGGUCUGAGCGAGGGAGAAAGGUGGCUUCUGCUACUACUCCACCAACACAAAGUCCCAAUAAUCCUAACACUGUUUGAUAGGCUUAUUAUGUCUUUAGGUUUUGGGCUUGUGUUGAAUGCUUGAACUCCAAUGGUCGAAGGGAGGUUAAUAUGUAAUGUACAAGUUUUUUUUGUUUUUGUUUUUUUUCCUUUUCAGUUUUCUCAAUAUAUAUAUAUACUUGCUUAUAUACAUCAUAAUGUUGUAACUGUGCCAAAAAUGUGAAGAGUUUUUCUAUUCAAUAUGCAAGGAUAUGGAAGUUUACGUCGAA